AUGCUGUUGAAACGCAGCACAUUGAAAAGAUUUGUUCACAAUGAAGCCAUAAAGCAUAUAGAGACCGGUGGCGCCAAUUGGUGUUUGCCGUCUCCAACUCGUUCCAAGUCGGCCUCUUCCUGCCGCCUUGUCGGACAGGCACCAGAUGGAAGGAUGCUGGUUGUUCUGGAGACACUCAGUGGGCCUUCGUCUGUUCUUUCAGAGAUCUACCUGCAAUCCAUUUCAGAUUCCACAAACGAUGCAAUUCAAAGCUCUAUUCCCAUCUUUAAAAUAUCGGCGGCUGCCAUCGUCUAUCACUGUGCUCUUUCGCCUGGUUCCGGGGCCUUCUUAUUGAUGACGUUUGUGUCUAUUGUCUCUCCCUUUACCAAUCAACCAAUCAAGCGCUCCCGUCGCUUGCAUGACACUAUACUAGUCUCUCUUGCGUCACAAAGCUAUCAAGAUGGUGGCUCGUGGCCGUCUUUUGUGGCAGGUUGUGAUGUUGAGCCAAUCAUGGGCAUGUAUGGGAUGCACCGUUUGGUGUCCAAUGCCCCAGACCCCGUGAUAGGGUACUUUUUGUCUGGUGAACAGAAGCACAGUCCAGAUCUUGUCUCUGAUGUCCCAACUCCGUACCACUCUUCUGUCCUUCAAAUUGAUAACAUCAGCAUUACCAUGGAGAAGAGUUCACUUUCAUACUUUUUGAUAUCUUAUGUAUCAGGAGCCAUUUUAGAUGAAUAUACUCUGCCCUUCACUAACUGUAUUUAUCACAGGCCAACAGACACGACAGUAUCUCGGACGACAAUCGAGCAAAUAAAUAUUCGCUUCAAUAAAUCCUUUACUGAUCAGGUGAAGUCAUUCAUUAUCUGGCACGAGGCCAAGCACCUAGGCACGCUGGCUUCACACAUGCGAGAGCCUGUGGCCUUUAGGCAGUUUCUUCCCACAACCGGGGACUUGGUUGUUAUAACGAGGCAACGGAUUGCCUCUCAAAUGGCCAGCAUUGGAACAGCAAACCUGACGGUGUCCAUUUAUAAAGACUUUCGCAAGGCAGUUAGUCGGCAUUCUGGUCUAAGCACUUCCCAGCCAAGUAAUCUUUCUGUCCCACAAGUUCCUGGCCCAUCUACACACAGUUUAAGACAUAUCACAUCCCUUUGCGUGGGACCAUUCCCAGACUAUCCCCUCAUUGUGGCAGAAGCAUUUAGUGCAUUGAUUCCAUGCACAAUAGCUGUCUCGUUCGGUAGCAUUUCAUCAGCACUUCCAAUUAUUGCAUUUGAGUACUUUCUUUCUUCAACUGUGCCCACAGACAUUGCAGCAGAUAGCGGGGCAUCAAUGACAGCUAUGCUUACUCUUGUUUCACCAUUUACGGAAGCAAUAUAUCACACAAGUGCACGGAUAGACACGAAUAUGGAAGGACUCAAGAUGACAGGGCGCGACGAGGACAAGCUAGAAGCUGGUGUCACGAAGCGUGUCGACACCACUAACUUCCGCCUGUUUGCAGCUGCUAUUUCUAGUCACAUCUUGCAUGGUCUUUCACCUAGCGAGCUAAACUCCUCUGUUCUCCUCGACUCUCUCACGUUUAAAGUUGCGGUUCGAAACACUUACCGUCAUUCUUUCUUUUCGGUGUGCUCUACUCAGUUAUUUUUCACGUCUAACCUAGUCAUUUGGGUAGUCCCUGACCCUGUAGCAGGUGUGGCCAAGACAACGCUAGUUUCAUGUACUCAAGUGGGAGGCUUCACCACGGUAUUCAUGGGCACAGACACGCUUCUGAGUAUUGACAUGGCGACAUUGUUCCGCUCUGGAGCCGUGCAUCGAAUUCCUACACCUACCUGCACGGGUACCGAUGAAGUAGAUAGCAACACCGGCUCUGACCGCGCAUAUCCGGUCCAGUCGUCUUUGUUUGACAUUAUCUGUGCUAACUCCAACUCAAACGAUGAUCCCCCAGUGAUCUCAUGCUCCUCAUCUGAUGCCCUUAUCUAUCAGUCCAGACAAUUACUCCGUCAUACCACAGAGCGCUUUAUUCCCAAGUCUAUCUUUAAAGCAAAGUCACGGGUCUUGUCCUAUGACGCUGGCACUGUAUCGAUAGAACAUAGUACUCAUUCUUGUGAGAACACACAUUCAACCAAUAAUCCUGAUUUGUCCUCAUGUCUAACUUUAUCUCAACUCACAAGUUGGGACACUGAAGCUUCAGAUGGUUGUACCAUUACAGGACUUUUUUCCGAAUUAACUCACUUGAUUCCAGUAACGACGGAGAAAGUGGCAUAUAUUACUAUUCUCAAGGAAUUGAACCUACACAGAUCUGGGACACUGCUUGAUUGCUCGUCGAAGCGAUUUGUACAGCUCCCUACAGCAGAUCAGGGCAUAUACAUUUGCGACUGUGCGUUCCUUGCCAUUAAUCUUUGUGACCAAGAAGUUCAGUUGGAGAAGCUGUGGGCAAACGGGUGUGCAGAGGUUCGGAAACGAUUUCAAACAAUAUACCUCUAUGACACCUAUCUUUGCCAGCUUCUUGCAGUAGAGGUUGAUUAUUCAGCAAUUCUAUCUUAUCUCGUAUCAGAAGAACAAGCAAAGUAUCUUCACAACGAGCUUCAGAAGAUGAAACUUCUGAUACCAGGUGACCCUGCCUACGAAGUGGAGCAUCCCUCAGAGAGCAACUUUACUAGCUCCUUAGGUUUGCGAACGAACCAGCUUCUCUUGCAUGCACUGCUAUCCGUACAGAUAUAUUCGUUCUUCUAUUUCCUUUCUACUUUGGUCUUUACUUGUGGUACAUGUUUCAUGCAAGGCUAUCUCCUGUCCAACGUAAUGUCUGACAUUUUGGGGCCAACCUUCUCUGUUCCUGCCAACUUCCGUGGAAAGGAAACCACUUGUAACUCUACACAGUCGCAGCUUAUUGAGAAGUGUCUGGGUAUCCUUAGCUCAUCUAAAUUGUUACUUGUUUGUAACGAGGCGAACACUAAACUAGAGUCUGAAAGUCCUCUUGCACUCUUUUCGGUCUUAUACCUGUGUGCCGUGCACAUGUUUGCUUCAAGCGAUUACGACUGGCUAUCUAAGGAGCUAACUUGCUCUGCAUUUGCUGCUUGCUACUACCGCAAGUUGAUGCGAAAGAACCUUCUGAGCUUACGAUCAAUUCGGCAAUUUUAUAGGUGCAUACAGCCUGUAUGUAACCUACUUGAUAUCCAAUUUUCCUAUCUUCAAUCGUUUGCUCAGAUGGACGAGACAGGCAUGCAGAUAUCUGAUGUACUAUUAAAGAAUAAUCUUCAUGCCUUCAACCCCUGCAUACUUUCUGCCGGCAGACUGGACAAUUCUGCUUGUCUCCAUCCACUGAGCAACCACGUUACAUACAUGAGCAGUGCCUACCCUUGUCUACGUGAUUAUUACAUAUAUCACAGGUCCUCUGUAAGAGAUUGGCCCCGCCAGAUAAAGCUCCUAACACGUCCUUCCUUUCAGCAAUUCACUGGAUCAAUGGAUGCGUAUAUUGCCGAAGUAGACGCAGGAGCAUUCACCCACAAGAUCGGGAACUAUCUCGCCAGGGUUCAGGCCUGCAUGUACAAAGUUAUUUCUCAAGCAUUCUCUGCUGCUCCUACGCUUUGGAUUCCUUUGCUAGAAAUCUAUGAAGAGUUUAUGGGCAACUCUUAUAGUUCUUCAAAGGUACGAUACCCAGGUAUACCUGAGAAUCUUUGGAAGCACGCCAGCAGCUACUUAGAAGACUUGGGUAGCUUUCCUUAUCAGCCGGCAUGGGUAAAGGAGCCUGAUACAAUACCACAAUACCUCUAUCCUUGCUAUAGAUACACUAGCAACUAUCUAGAACCAGUUUCGAGACAAGUCCUUGGCUCGAAUUCUGGUCACUCGUUUAAAAAGCCCCUGUCGAGUGUUCUAGGUCUUGUGCUGGAGCACUCGGUUCUUCGGCUGGCUAUCUUACAAGAAGAGCGGUCUUCUUAUCCUACCUUCUUACGUCUGCUCAAUGUCGGUAAUGUUCACUCUUCGGAAUCUCACUCUGAGCCCCGAAGCAGAAGCCGCUCAAGGUUAAACAAGCAACAGGCCCAACACCCAGAAGAUCUUGCAAGCGCAGCCCUCAACGCAUGCCCAGCGAAGUUCAUCGAAGCGUCUCAAAAGCGUCUUUCUUAUAUCGAGGAUCAAUUUGACUUACCGCUGACUGAGAUUCUUGCUCAAGCGUCCAUGGAGCUUCUAGAAUUCGAGAUCACCUAUGGCCCUGUGGUUCCAGAAGCUUCCAGACCUAGUAUUGUGGCAUCUCCAGCCUUCCAAAAGGCAGAUUCUUUCGUCUCUACUAGUAACACAUCAUCCAGGCCUAGCUCCCGUGCUGCCUCUAGAACCUUUCGUCGCGACACCCAGGUAAGGUCAUCAGAUCAACCCAAACCGAUAGAUGAUGCACGAAACAUGGACCAAUUCAGGCAGUUAACUCCGAGUAACCAUAGCAAUUUACACACAUCCAUAGGGUCCCCCCUCCCCACUAGUACUGGAACAUCAUUUACAAUUAAACAGGUUCAUGAGUGCGAGGGAUUGGACCGUAGUGACUUAGUUAACUUCUUGAAGUACUUGUAA